AGGGGCGCCGCUUCAAGCCCCGCGCCUGCCACUGGUUUGAUUUCAAUGGUUUGGGUAAAAAAAAAAACUGUAACAGGUGUACCUACUGCUAGUCCUUAUCAUUUUAUUUAUGUGUGUUAAAAUCCAUAAGAAAUAUCAAGGAAAACAUGGAUAUUCCUGCGAAACAUAUUUUACAAAGUAAAUUUUCGAAUUCUGUGCUAAGAGAAUGGCAAUGCAGUAAUACGGAAAUUGGUGCUCAUAAUUUGAUGUACCCUUUAUUUAUCGCGGAAGCAGAUGACGCGAAAGAAUGUGUUGCGAGUUUACCUAAUGUUCAUCGAAUUGGUAUCAAUUUAUUGAGAGAGUACCUCGAACCGACUAUCAAAAAUGGACUAAAAUCUGUGUUAUUAUUUGGCGUAUUGAAUAAGUUACCUAAAGAUGAUCACGCUACUCAUGCGGAUUCUGCUCAAAAUCCUGUGAUAAAAGCCAUUCCCUUGUUGAAGAAAUGGUACCCUGAAUUGACCAUCGCAUGUGAUGUGUGUUUAUGUCCGUAUAUUUCUCACGGACACUGUGGUAUUAUAGGGCAUGACAAGCAUAUAGAUAAUUCUUCGAGUUGUAUACGUAUAGCUGAAGUGGCAUGCUCCUACGCACGAGCUGGAGCCGAUAUUGUUGCCCCGUCCGAUAUGAUGGAUGGCAGAAUCGGAGCUAUAAAAUCGAAGCUUCGAGAGGCCAAUCUGAUUUCUCGUGUUAGCGUACUUUCGUACAGUGCUAAAUUUCAAUCUUGUAUGUAUGGUCCGUUCAGAGAUGUAGCCAAUUCAGCGCCUUCGUUUGGAGAUCGAAGAUGUUACCAGCUUCCUCCGGGAAGUAAAGGAUUAGCAUUUUUGGCAGCGAAACGUGAUGUAGAAGAGGGUUGCGAUAUGUUGAUGGUUAAACCAGGCCUUUUCUAUUUGGAUAUUGUAAAACAGACCAAGGAUGCGUUUCCAGAAUACCCGUUGUUUGCGUAUCAGGUAUCUGGAGAAUAUGCUAUGCUUUUCCAUGCAGCUGCCAAUAAUGUUUUUGAUUUGAAAGUUGCAGUGAAGGAAUCUCUUCUUGCUUAUAGAAGAGCAGGAGUUGAUUGUAUCAUUACGUAUUUCACUCCUAUGAUACUGAACGACUUAGCCAAAGCCGCCAAAGGAACUAAUAUAGAUGACGAAUUAUUGUAAUUUUAAAUCUUUUUGAAAGUUAUUAAAGGUUAUUUUGAUAA